AUGGUUUUCUACGCCGAGUACUUCAUGCUUUUGGGCUUUGCCCUGAUACUAGUACCACACGGUCAACAUAGCAGCCCCUUCUCACACGCAGGCGUAGUGAAGAAGAGCGAGGCACCGCUUCUGGGCUUGACAUCGGCGGCUGAGGGGAGUAUGUCAAUGAGUUCGGUCCUGGAGUUCAUGUCGUCCAUGGGCGUGCCUGUGGCGUCUUCUGCGGGCUCUGCACCUCCGGCUAUGGCUUCUGGUACCGGCGUUGGCGCUGGCGGUGCUGGCGCGACUGCAUCGGGUGUGUCACCAGCAUCCCCCGCGGAGUCAGCCGGCUUGGUGCCGGAUGAAGGACCGGAGUACGGUAAUGUCAUUAUCAACAACCACUGCCAAGAAGAGUUUGAUCUAAACUCGGUCGCUGCCUAUACCCUGGGUGGUGAUAGGUCCGAGGAGAAAGGAGGCAACGGAACCUGGGAUUUCUACCAAGAUCACGUCAAGCAUACUAUCGCAGUUGGAGGAAGCUACACAGAGCCUUUUCGCGUCACUUGCCCAGCCUAUGACGAUCAGCGCCCAGCCGACUACUGUGCGGAAUACGAUAAGCUGCGCGGUCAGAGUCCAGUGUUCAAGAUGUGGAAUCCCAGCAAACCAGCGGAGAUUCUGCAGUUUGAGUAUGGGUUGGUGCAGAACAAGACUGCUGGUGAUACGUAUCAGAAGCUCUGGUAUGACGUUUCGCUCCUGGAUUGCGCUGAUCCUGCCAAGCAUCCUACUCUGUACGGCCAUAACAAGUUCAACGAUCUCAAAAUGUCCACUACGGAUAUGCAACACAAGAUCGGCAUGUGUCCUGGGUAUCAGAACGGGCUGAAGGUAUCGUUCAAAGCGAAAGACGGCUGUGAUGCCAGUGACCUAUACGAACGAGCCGAGUAUGGUUUGUCAUGCGGAGUUCAGAGGAGAUAUGGUGCUGGAUCUCUGUGCGGGUAA